GAAAGGGCUGCGGACCCCGCGGCCGCCGCGUCGCUCACUCGACGACGCGGCCCCGGCCUCGACGCCCUGUGCCCGCUCCGGGAGCAGAAGCUUUAUUCAUGGGAAAGAGGUGCUUUGUGUUAUGGACCUGAGUAUUACAGAUGCUGAACUGUGGGAUGUUGCUUUUGACAUCAGUAAGAAGACAUGUUGGAUAGUAGAAAGAAUUGCCGAGUUUGUGGAUAUCAACCGUGGCCUUACUAAGCACGUUAAUAGCAUCAAUGCCAGACAGACGGUCCUAUUACUACUGGAUUGUGCAAGAUACUUAACCCUGUUUUAUUUGAAUUAUGACUUAAAUAUCGAAGAUUUUUUGUAAAAAAAAAAAAAGGGAAACAUUUUAGUUUUGGAAGUCAGAAUGCCAAGGAGAAGGAGAAAUCUUGGGGGAAAUCCUUUUCGGAAGACUGCCAACCCUAAGGAAGUUGUCGUGUCUGGUGUUGCUAGUCAUGAAGAGCCAACCACUGCUCUCCCUUCCAUAUGUGAGACAAAAAUUGAUCAGGAAGAACUCUUCACCAGUAUGUCAGAGAUGUUUUCUGAUCUGGAUCCUGAUGUAGUGUAUUUGAUGCUUUCUGAAUGUGAUUUCAAAGUUGAAAAUGCCAUGGAUUGUCUGUUAGAACUAUCAGCCACUGAUGCCAAGAUAGAAGAAUCAACUUCACAAAGCUUUGUUGUUCCUGAGAACCAAGUAAGUGCAGCAGGAAGUGAAAUAAUGGAGAAGUAUCCUCUUGAAGAAGAGAGUGAAGAUUCAAAAAUGGAUUCAUUUUUGGACAUGCAGCUGACGGAAGACCUGGAUUCCUUAAUACAGAAUGCUUUUGAGAAAUUAAACUCUUCUUCUGAUGACCAAGUAUACUCUUUUUUGCCUUUGCAAGAUGUGAAUAGUCUUAAUGGCCCAAGAGAAUUUAUAAAUUCAGAUUCAAACAAUAUGACUCCUAUUCCUUCUACACAGAAUAUGGAUUUGGACAGGGAAAAUUUAGAGAAUUCUGCCUCUACUUUGAGUUCAAACACAUUAACUUCACAUAUGGCAUUGAAUGAGCCAAAAAGUUUUACAAAAGAUAGCAUAUUGGCAUUGGAAGAUAAUUACCCAGAAGAUUCUGUUCUUCAUAGUUCUUUAAAUCUAGCAAGUGACUCUAUUGUGGAUUGUAGCACUCUGAAUCAAAGACAGAACGAGCUUUUAGAAUCUGAGUGUGUCGAGACUCAGUUCUGUCAAACUCUUUUAGAGUCUGAUGCCAAUGAACUUCAGGCCCCUUUAAAUCUUCCUAUGCAAAAUCCAGGGCUUGAUAUACCAGGUACAGGUGGGGACCAGAAAUCCACUUCUGUUUCAGAUGUGUUUGUGUCUCCUGAAGGGUUCAAUUUCAAACCACACAAGCAUACUGACCUGCCACCAAAGGGGAAGGAUGUGAAUUACUGUCCAGUACUUACCCCUCUCCCUUUACUGCUGCCGCCGCCUCCACCUCCACCCAUGUGGAAUCCAAUGAUUCCUGCUUUUGACCUCUUCCAAGGAAACCAUGGCUUUGUAGCCCCUGUGGUAACCACAGCUGCACACUGGAGACCUGUCAACUACACGUUUCCACCCUCGAUUAUUUCUCAUCCUUCCCCAACAAAGAUAUGGAGAAAUAAAGAGGGAACAAGUGCUUAUCAAGUACAAGAAACUCCAGCGCCUCAGACUGUAAGAAAGAAGACGACAUCUUAUGUUGGACUAGUUCUUGUUCUUCUCCGAGGGCUUCCAGGAUCAGGAAAAUCUUACUUGGCAAGGACUUUGCAAGAAGAUAAUCCAAAUGGAAUCAUUCUUAGUACUGAUGAUUAUUUUUACAUAAAUGGACAGUACCAGUUUGAUGUAAAGUACUUAGGAGAAGCACAUGAAUGGAACCAAAAUCGUGCAAAAGAAGCAUUUGAAAAGAAAGUAUCUCCUGUAAUAAUAGAUAAUACAAAUCUACAGGCAUGGGAAAUGAAGCCAUAUGUUGCUAUGUCUCAAAAACAUAAAUAUAAGGUCCUUUUCCGGGAACCAGACACAUGGUGGAAGUUCAAGCCGAAAGAACUUGCAAGGCGUAAUAUUCAUGGUGUAAGCAAAGAAAAAAUAACCAGAAUGUUGGAACAUUAUCAGCGUUUUGUUUCUGUGCCAAUAAUCAUGAGUUCUUUGGUUCCAGAGAAAAUUGAACGUGUUGAGUUGUGUGCAUAUUCUUGUGAGGAUGGAAGUCCUAGCUCAAGAAUCAGUGACGAUACUACCUCUGACAAAGAAGAAAAUGUUUUAUCCUCACCUUUGCAGCACCUGGAGUUAAUUGAACAUAAGACUCUUGAAGUGACCAAAGGAACUACGCUACCUGAGGAUGUUCCGUAUCUCCUAAGUGCAGAUUUAAACAGAGAAGGAAAAGAAAUAAGUGCGGUGAAUCGUAACACUCAGGGUGCUUUCAUUCCGGAAGCUUCACAUGUGCAUUGCUCUGCCUCUGAAAGCAAGCUUGGAACAAAAGACAAAAGUGAAAACAAAGAGCAAGUAGAAAUGAAGUCUGAAAAAGAAUGCGGCACAACUGAUGUAGACAGUUCUGUAGAGAGAGUGUCACCAAAUAGUUGCUAUGAUGAAAGUAAUCAAGAAGACUGUGAUCCUGCAAAUACUGUACCACUUCAAAAUGAGAAAUCUUCACCAGAUGAAAUAUUGGAAGAAAGAGCAACAGUAAAGAAAAAAGCAUUUGGUAAACAAAAAAGCAAAUCCACUUUGGAAAAGUUCCCAAGACAGGAGCUUCCAAAUUUUGUUGGUGACUGGCCAGUUGACAAGACCAUGGGUCAGAGAACAAAAAGGAACCGAAAAACUGAAAAAGCUUCGUAUGUACAAAGUGACAGAAAGUUCAAUCGCCCUCAGUCACGCAAAGUGUCAGAUAAUAGUGUAUCUGUGAAUACAGAUCCUACCCAGCAAGGAGGCUCUUCACAUGAAUGCACAGGGGAUGGCAGGAAGUCACAGUGUGCUGAUGCUUCAGAAUCCUUCCACAGCUGUAAAUAUGAAACUUACAAAAAUACUGAAAACAGCUCAUUCAACAUUGUGGGUGACUGGCCUUCGCCUGAGUCUUUAGCUCAGAGAGAGCAUAGAUCAAGAAUGCCAAAGUCUGGUUUAAAUGAACUCAACCCAGACUUUGGAACUAAUGACGAUGUGAAUGAAAUAUCUUUAUACACAGCACGGGAGGCCUGCUGGGGAACAAGCCCUGAAUUAAAAACAUUCAGUAGCUGCACUCUAGGAAGUUCGGAAAUGUUACCCAGUGAGGUGAGCUGUGAAACUCAGACUUGUGGGGAACACUCACUGCCUUUUACUUUUACCAGUAGCGCAUCAACUCUUCCUGCAGUAGUAGGACCACAGACUGUAGCAGAAUUUUCUGAGAGGAUUCCUAAAGGAGUCCGUGGAAUAGAAGUUGGCAUAUGUACCCAGACUGAGCCACAGGAUUUUGCUCUGUUAUGGAAAAUAGAAAAGAAUAAAAUUGGUGUUUCAGAUUCUAUCAAAGUAUUAACAGGAAGAUUAGAUGGAUUCAAACCAAAACCUUUCAAUAUUAACACAAAAGCAGAUGUUCAGGAAACAAUUCCAUAUAGGGUAAUGUAUGAUAAAAGCACGUAUGUUGAAGAAAGUGAGCUCACCAGUGCUGAUGAAUCUGAAAAUCUUAACAUUCUUUGUAAACUGUUUGGGUCCUUUUCAUUAGAAGCCUUAAAAGACUUAUAUGAGAGGUGUAAUAAAGAUAUUAUUUGGGCCACAAGCCUUUUAUUGGAUUCUGAAACUAAAUUAUGUGAGGAUACUGAAUUUGAGAAUUUUCAAAAAUCAUGUGAUGAAUCACAAAUUGGGCCUUUUUCCCUGGGACUGAAUUUGAAGGAGAUUAUCAGCCAAAGAGGGACUGAAGACGAUUCCAGUUCUUCUGCACCAGAAUUUAGCCAUGGUGUUGGUGUCAGUAACACUGAUGCACAAUCUCCCCGUGAUGCAGAAAGAGAAAACUCAGAGCAGGCAGAAAUAAGCGCUGCAACUCCUGAAAAACCUGGAUUAGCGAUGGGUAUGUUCCCUAGUGCUGCUGUCGAUGCAAAGAGGAGUGAGGAAAUACUUCCAAAUAGUCAGGUAGAACUUCCAAGUUUAUACAGCUUUAAGCCGUCUUUACCAGCUGUCCUAAAAGCCGCUUCCUCUGAAGAUGUGAGUGAAACAGACAAUAGUCUAGUAGCCACAGAGACUGGAGAAAAUGUUCAUUCUUCUUUAAAUUUGUCUGACAUUUUAAACUCUAUAUCGAACACUUCAAAUCUUGAAUUAAAUGAAGAAAUGGACUUUACGGACUCUUUUGAAAUGAAGAGAAUGGAAAAUCUUCCGAAGGAAUAUGUAAAAUUUGCAAACACAGAAGAAUUUACAACUGAAGAAGAACAGGAAAUGGAGAAAAUUCUGAUGGCAGGGAGUAGUUUGUCAACUGGCCUUAGUGAGGAAGAUAAAACUGAGAUGUUGAAUCCAACCCCAGUGAUGGCCAAAUCUCUGACCAUAGACUGCCUAGAACUUGCAUUACCCCCUGAACUGGCUUUUCAACUCAAUGAAUUAUUUGGUCCUGUUGGUAUUGAUUCAGGAUCUCUAACAGUUGAGGAUUGUGUGGUUCACAUAGAUCUGAAUCUGGCUAAAGUGAUUCACGAGAAAUGGAAAGAAUCUGUCAUGGAGCGACAAAGACAAGAAGAGGUAUCCUCUGGCAGGUUAAUGCGAGAUCCUUCCCUGGUUGGACAAAUUGGUCUUGAUAAUCCUGAGCAAAAAUCAUCUCAGAGAACAGGCAAAAAAUUGCUGAAGACUUUAGCGGCUCCUGAAAUGUUACCCUUACUGGAUCAUUGGAAUACUCAAACCAAAAAAGUGUCACUUAGAGAAAUAAUGUCAGAAGAGAUUGCCUUACAGGAAAAACACGACUUGAAAAGGGAGACAUUUAUCUUUGAGAAAGAUUGUGCCACUAAGCUAAAGGAGAAGCAGCUCUUUAAGAUAUUUCCAGCCAUUAACCAAAACUUUCUGGUGGACAUUUUCAAGGACCACAACUAUUCAUUAGAACAUACCGUGCAAUUCCUAAACUGUGUUCUUGAAGGAGAUCCUGUGAAAACAGUUGUAGCACAGGAGUUUGUUCACCAGAAUGAACAAAGUACUACACAGAAGUGUAAAGAGAAAAAGGUAAAGAAACCCAAAGAGACUGAAGAUAUACCCAGUGAACCAUCUUUCCAGGACUUUGAGUAUCCAGAGUAUGAUGACUACCGGGCAGAGGCUUUCCUGCACCAGCAGAAGAGGACAGAGUGCUACAGCAAAGCCAAGGAGGCCUAUCGGAUGGGGAAGAAAAAUGUCGCCACUUUUUAUGCCCAGCAGGGUAGUCUUCAUGAGCGGAAGAUGAAAGAAGCCAAUCAUCUCGCCGCUGUGGAGAUCUUUGAGAAAGUCAAUGCCUCCCUGCUGCCACAGAAUGUUCUAGACCUCCAUGGCCUGCAUGUGGACGAGGCGAUAGAACACUUGAUGACAGUUUUACAGCAGAAAACUGAAGAAUGCAAGCAGAGCGGCGGGAAGCCUUACCUUUCUGUGAUCACAGGGAGAGGAAACCACAGCCAGGGAGGAGUUGCUCGCAUCAAACCAGCUGUCAUUAAAUACCUCACAAGCCACAACUUCAGGUUCUCUGAAAUUAAACCAGGGUGCUUGAAAGUCAUGCUAAAGUAAAAUAAACGUCCUUGCUUUAGAAGUGUGAAGGUUUAUAGGUUAAAGUUAGUUUUACUUGAAGUAAUUCAGUCAGUUCUAUUCUAAAUAGUGUUUAUUAGAAGUCAUGUCCAGUUCUAUAGCAAAAAGUGGAUGUUUUUCAAAACUCAAGAGAAAUUUAAUUUUUUACUGAAUCCAAAUGCCAAAUGUUACCUGUUGAAAAUAUUAAAGGGAAUUUUUAUUGAUACAGAACAUUUCAGAAAAAUUACCAGCCGCAGUUUUUAAAGUCUGAAGUGCUCUGACUAUUGCUCAGAGAGAAAAUGUUACCUUUGUGUUAAUUGUUUGACAUUUACUGAGGUCCUAAGGCUUCUGUGGAGAGGCAUGAGAAGUGCCCUGAAAUCUGGCUCAAGUUCUUCAAAGGCAGCGCGAAUCGCAGAAGAAGUAGUAGUACUAGUAGUAGUUGUAAAGAAAGAAAGGAUUUCUAAGAAAACACUUGAGUACUUACCUCUUGCUUUCAAAACUAGAUGCAUAAACUCAUUUCAUUUUGCCAUAUCCUGCAGGAAGGAAGACUUGCUGUUGCACUUUCUUCUGCUUUGUAUUUGAUCUUGAUCUCUUUCCUUUGUUCUGUUGUUCUGCGUGUGCGUUUUCUGGGAGGCAAAUUGGGUCUGAGAUUGUACUGCAGUUUUUUAUCUUCCAUAGGCAGAGAAGUUUUCAGAGAAGGAGAAAUGAUUAGGUAUCUACCAAGUGUUGUUGCCUUAUGGAACUACUUCGAGGACUAAGUGCUAUUUCAAACAGUACUAAAUAGCUGUGUUUUAUAUUUGAGGCAAGUAAUUUGUAAACUGUAGUAGGUCAAAAUCCUAUGAACUAAAAACUAAUGUAGAAAGCAUUUUUAUUAAUAAUCACAAAAGGAAUCCUUAUCAUUUAAAAGAUCUUUACCUUUAUUUUGAAAAAGAGCCAACUUUCUAAAAUAAACUUUCACUGACUUCUGUUGUUUGGUUAGCUAAUAAGUCCUGUAAGUAUGUAAAUUAUAAUUUCCUUUAUACAGGCUUACUGUGGUAAAGUACAAUUUUCCAGUAUAAUACAGUGGCUUAAAUAAAUUUGACUUUGACUAGAGAAUAUUGCCAACAUGUAUGUAAUUUUAGUAAACAUUUUUGAUGCUUUUUGUUAGGCUUAAGAAAUCAUUUGGAUCAGGAAUUAUAGGAUUGAGUGGUUAUUGAACAAAUCCUGAAAUACAGAAUGCUUUCCAAAAAGAGCAAACAUUUUAAUGAAAAUAAAACUCAAAAAUACAUGUUUUUAUAUAUCUUGAAAGCAUGCUUUUAAAUGAAGAGCCUUAUCAUUGAAAUUUGUUUCAAAAAUAAGAAUCUAUAUAUUUUUAGAGAUGGUUAGUGACUGGUACUGGAGUAUUAUUCACAUUCUUAUGUUUAUAAUAAUUUGUUUAAACAGUGCCAACAGUUUACCACACUUUUUUGUGCUGCCUAGAAGUGUUGUAUACAUUAUAGAUGAAGCAGUUCCCUUUAAUGACUUCAUAGAAAGCUAUAGUUGUUAAUGAAACAAAAUAUUCCUAUGUAUAAAUUAAUAUAAUUUGAAAGAUGUGAAAAACCUGGUGUUACUGAGUGUACGCAGCUGCACACUCAUUUUCUGUGUUUCUUUAUUUCUUCACCUGGUUUUAAAAACAUCACUUUUAAAUACUUCAGCUAGACUUAUUUUAGUGUAAUUAAUGAGGGAGCAGUCAAAAGAAGUAGAGGUAUGGUCUUCUAACAGAAACAAAAGGAAAGGAGCUAUGUUCUAUACCGCACAACUUUAAUUCUAUGCCUUAUUUUGGCAAAUCUAGUGGUAUUUCUUAACCAUUAUUCAUGAAUGCACAGGCCAAAAUUGAACAGCAUAUGUACUUUUAUAAAAUUGCUUAACCCUGAAGUAGCUCCUACCUCUACUAAUUAGUAUAGUUAAGCACUGUAUAGUUACGAGACAAAAUUUAUAAUCCCUCCUUCUUUUGCCCAUUUCUCAAUCUUUUCUGUCACAGGUAAAGAUAGUUUGAAGUUGAUCCAAGUUUCCAUGUAUUGGUAUAUUUAUGCAAAUACAUGGUCAUUAGAAUGACUCUUUGUAAAUUUAAUUAAUCUUUUAAAAUAUUUUAAAAUACAACACUUCUGUAGUUUGGAAAGUUUUAGUAACAAUAAUAGUCUCCUACCAAUUAUCUGCCAGAGAUAAAAACCAGAACUAAUGUAGAAACCACAAUGGGUGAGUGGUUGGACCAGGGAGACUCUUAACAGUGUUUUCAAUCCACGUGACAAAUGGAAGCUUGUUUUCUUAAAUUUGUGGGUUUUUCAUGUCUGUAUUAUUUUCAAGGUGAAGCUUCUUCAGUUUGUUAGUACUUCCAUACUCUCUGCAAUUAUUUAGCUUUUAUAGGUAGGAUACAUUAAAUGGUGAAAGUUUUGACUUUAUAAAACAUCUUAUGUAUUAUAACGCAUCUUGAGAAGAAAAGCUUACAGUUGUUUUGCAUAGCUUCCUGUCUUUUAUUUCAGUCUUUUUCUUUUUAAAUCCAAGUGUUUUAUAUGCUUAGAAAAAGGACACGAAUAAAACCAGAUUAGUUAUUUCUGAGCUGGAAAUUGGAAACUUUUGAAACUCAGGAAAUUGCUCUGACAAUGUUUUUAACUGCUCUCAACUUAAGAAAAUUACAAAAUGUAUAAAAAAGACAAAAAUAAUGUGUGCUCUUUUUUCCAAGUGCUUUUUCUAAGUGCUUUUCUUUUGUGCAAUGAGGUAAAGUUUGAUAAUGUUCCUGUGUAGUGGUUAAAUAUUGCACAUUUUAUUUACAUGUAAAGAAAACAGAUUUAAAUGUGUGGUCAAAAAAUGUGUUGUUUAAAAGGUGAAUAGGUUUAUGUAGAAUGUAUGUUAAUGGUGCUUAUUUUUAAAAUGUAAUUCAAGUUUACAGUAUUACUUAAUGCCUCUUUAUAGAAUUUAAUAAAGAAACAAGUCUAGAACACAUCUACAUGCUAAAGAGCCUUUUAUACAUAACUUCACAUUAUAUGAUGACAAAGUUUAUUAUUUUCCUUAAAGUUGAACAAUUGAUUUUUAUGGUCCAAAUGAUAAGUCUGUUCUUACUAGAUGAUUGAAUUAAUCGUGAGACUUCUUGUUGAAGUACAAUAUUGCAGCUAUCAGUUGGAGAAUAUAUUAUAGAAUUUUCAGACGGUAUAUCAGAGAUAAAUGGUUUUAUUUGUACUAUAAAGAAAAUGUAAUUUUGCUGUUAACUCUGUAUUUUUUUUUAUUAAAAAUGUUUAUAACUGAUUUUAAAAUUUCUUAUGAAGCCGUUUGCAAAUUGCAUACUUAAUUUAAUAAAGUACUUUAGCCACAGUCCAGUGUGAGGAAAUCCUUCGUUUGAUGUGGAAGGGCUAGUGAUUUAAAUACUUAAAAUAUUUUUAGUAUAACUGUAAUUUUAGAUGAGAUGGGACAUAAAAAUUUUAUUUCAGUACCAUGGGCUUUCUUAUAGUUUAAAUUAUUUUGCUGCAGCAAAUAGUUAUGAUUUCCCUUUUCACAUAUCUUUUGACUGACAUUCGAAUUAGGAAUCAUGUUUCUAAGAAACUCAAGUAUUGUGUUUUUAAAUAACAUUAAGAACCCUUGAAGUUUAUUCAAACCAAGAGCAGAAUAAUUCACUUAUUUAACAAGGACUUAAGCAUUUAUUCAACAGAUACUUAUUGACCACUUGUUACUGGGGAUACAGUAUGGGACAGGCAGAGCUUCUCUCCAUAGGUAUCUCAUAAUUGCUCUUGUGAACCAUUACGUGUGUAGUGAUGUGUACUAUGGAACACUUUGAUGUAUGGUAUACUUCCUUACACAGGUGGUGCUAUCCCUGUUUAAUGAAUAAAGGCUUAGAGAAGUUAACUAACUUGCCACUUACUGGCAGAGGUGCAACUAGAAAAUAGGUUCCCUGUUUGCUAGUACAGGGCAGCUGCAUCCAUUUUAACGGUAAGAGGAGUUACUCAACAGGAGACAGCCCCCCGUCAGACUCUCCUGAAAGAGAUGCGGCACCACCGUGGAUGGCUGUGAAGGUCUGCUCUUUGUGAAUCUGCUGUCUUCUUUCGUCCAAAGAAAGCUGAUAUUUUGGAAGAACCUGAGAUACCAAUGGCAAAAGACAAAGAUUUGUUUCUCUCAAUAGAAAAUCUCAGAAACAGAGUCUAGGGCUGAUGUUUCCAUGAAGAUUUGGGGAUAUAGGGUCCUCUCUAUCCCAGGUGUGACCCCCGUUUUUCUGGCCCAGUGUGGGUGACUAGACUCUUAACUACCACAUCGACAUUCUUCUUGUGGAAGGUCAAGGAAGCCAGAAUAGGGCCAUGUGCCAAGGCUCUGAAAAAUGAUAUUUGUGAGCUGCCAGAGGGCACUUCUUACUUCCUCUUGGCCAGAACUUAGUCACAUGGUCACAUCUAGUUGCAAGGGAGGUUGGCAAAUUGUCUGUUUCAGACUACUAUAUGUUCAGCUAAAAUUUGGGUAUUCCUCUGGCAGAAAGAGAGCAGAUAUUAAGGGUAACAAAUAGCAAUCUUUGCCACAUAAUUUUUGAACAUUAUGCAAGUAUGCAAACCAUGCUAGGAAUGAUAAAAUAGAAGUCACAGUUGUGUAUGUUGUAACUUUAAAAAUUCAAAUGAUGUUAGUAGCCAAAAGGGUGAUGUAAUGGACUUUCAUUUGAUGAUUUAUGGAAUCGCUUUCAGUAUGAUCACUCAGUUGUGGCAACUAUAUUAUGUCUGACAGUACUGCUUAGUUAAUAUAUUUGCAUACUGACUUAUUGAAUUAAGCAUUUAUUAAUCACAUUCAUGUUCAAAAAGCUCAGUACUUGGUGUGAGUGAUUUAAAGCUAAAGUGCACCAGGAUAGGGAGAUAUUAAACAUGUAAGUCUUACGAGCUAUGAAACAGUGUAGAGAGAGCUGUGAAGGUGCCAAGGCAAGAAUGGUUGCUUCUGUUGCAGCUGGUGACUGUGAACUCUGCCCUCCUGCUUGAAGUCUUCACAUGACUUUCAGCAGGAAAACAAGCAUUUUAAGUUCAUGGCUUUUGUGCAUAUGAAAGUGUACAAUAUUCAUACCUUCUAGAACUUCCGGAGCAUUGCUCAUGGAAAUCUUGACUUAUUUAAGUUUAAUUUGUUGUGGGUUGUUUAAUAACCAAUGAAAUAUUAAUACGUUAAUAUCAAUGAUCAUCAAAAUACAAACAAAUUCCUUGGACUGUAUUUUGGGGUAGAGAAGUGGCAAAGGCCAAGCUCCAGCCAAUCGUCCUCUCUUUGGUCGGAUGCAAGAGCAUCUCUGCGGGGUGUAACGUGGGAUGGGGGGCAGUGAAGAAAAAACGUGAUGGAAUGGUGUUGUUUACAAGGUGUCACAGAACAAGCCAUACGGAAUAUGCUUUCCUUUCCAUUGGAUUUAAAGAUGUCAGAGGAAAAUAUUCUUUUAAGCAGGAAGCUUUGAAAACAUGUAAAUAAUCUGUGUUUUGUUAUAUCAAUGGAAUAACACAUGAAAUUCUGUUAAAAAUUAGGUUCCAGAAUGUUUUCCUCUCUUGUCAAAUUUUGAAACUUUGAAUGCCCUCCAAGACAACAAGAAGCCUGAAUAAUUUUUAACACUGGACUUGGGACAGUGAGGGAAAGUUUAUCUGGGGAAGUUCACUCUGUAGGAGCUGGCGGUGCUGUGUCACCCUGUCUGUUUAGUUAUGGGAUGUAUGUAUUUCAUAAGUGUUUCUGAUCCUCCCACUGAGGAAGUGGGGAAACUAAAAAUUCUGGCUGACAGUAUUUAAAAACGCCCUAAAGCAUUGCACAGUUGAUAAGGUACUAGGGGCUCAGGCCAAAGAUCUAAGUGAAAACACUUAGAGGGACUUUUGCAAAAGUGCCUCUGAUCCUGACUCACCUGGAGCUUGGUGUCUAGGGACAGAAGACAAAGGCCAGCGUACUUGGCAACUCUUAAGAGAUACCACAUAAAGCUGGCACUAUAAGGGGCUUCCACUCUUGGUGGGCAUUAAGAUGAAUAAAAUAAUUUUACUUUCAGAAGAUUGCAAGAAAUGUUUCCUUGGCCCAGAGAAGAGCAGAUUAAAAAAAAAAAAAAAAAAAACUGAGAUGCAGUUACUAAUGUCCCUCACAGAUUAACAGCCCAAAGUCACAUCACCCAGGGUAGUCAAAAGAACUUCAGCCCCUGAAUUGAGUUUAUUUAUUUUUUUAAAGAUUUUAUUUAUUUAUUUGAAAGAGUUACACAGAGAAGGAGAGGCAGAGAGAGAGGUCUUCUAUCCACUGGUUCACUCCCCAAUUGGCCUCAAUGACCGGAGCUAUGCCGAUCCAAAGCCACGUGUUCAGAGCUUCUUUUGGGUCUCCCAUGUGGGGGCAGGGGCCCAAGGACUUGGGCCAUCUUCUACUGCUUUCCCAGGCCAUAGCAGAGAGCUGGAUGGGAAGUGGAGAGCCAAGUCUCAAACCGGCGCCUACAUGGGAUGCUGGCACUGCAGGCAGCAGCUUUACCCACUAUGCCAUAGCACUGGCCCCCCGAAUUGAGUUUAAAGAGGUGCCAGCCUGAUAAUGCCACCAAUAGCUGCCUGCCAGAGGCAAAUGCGGAUCUUUUCUGGGAGAAUGCAUCUUUGUCUGGAGGAUUAAAUCUGACCAAGUUUGCAACAACCAAUUUAUAGGAAUUACAGAGGACAGAGGAAUAUGUCUACAGGCACCAUUGUGACAGUCACGAAAAUCUGGACUGUGGGCAACUCUAAAAACUACACAGUUUCUUCAAAAAACAAAAACAAAAACCAAGAAAAUAAAACCACACAGAUGGAAGAAGAAUUUAACAGGCAUGCCAACCAAUUGCAAUUUGUGGACCUUACUUGGGUACUGGCUCAGCGAAAAAACAGAAACAAAACCCUGUAUGACAAUAAAAGAACUGGCAAUGUGAACAUUGA